UGCCACUAUAAAAGUCACUCUAAUAACUCUCAAGUCUCAACUUCAUUACCUCGUUAAGGAAAGAAAAGAAACACAUACAUAGAGACAGCCGGGGUCAAAGGGGCAGACGCCGGAGUCGUUGACUCCGCAGAGAUCAUAGUCAAGUCAAGUCAAACUUUGCAAUGUGUCCUCCAGAGUCCAUUCCUCCUGCAGUUGAGCUCAAUGAGUAUUCAACAGAUGAAAGCGUCUUUAAGUCUUUGAUGCAAAUAAAAAGCGGAAGCUCUCUGCCUUCGAAUGUACUUUCCGAUGUGGAUCCGUACCAAUUCACACCCUCGAAUCUCCCUGCUGGUGUGUGGUACUUCUGGUCUGGGUCGAAAACGGAUACUGAAAACGGGAUCUGGAGAUCAACAGGGGAGACUCGUGAGACAUGCUCUUCUUUGAUUACGUGUUGGAGAAAGACUCUUCAGUUCUAUGAAGGGACAACUUCUGAAGGACAAAAGACUAACUUGAUGAUGCAAGAGUACACAACAAACGAUAAGUGUAGCGGUCAGAAGGAUCCUAGAGCACUAUACAAGGUAUUUUUUACAGAUGCGGCCGGUAGUGGCAGUGGACGACUUUCUGAUAGUGAAAUUCCGGUAAAGAACUUGGAUGAUGUGGCACGACCAUCAACCGUGGCUAAUCAAUCUCCGGGAGAUUAUGUUUCGAGGGGUGAUUACUUGGAGUUGGAUGAUCUUGCUAUUCCCCUAUCGCGUUCCACUUCUGCUGAUUCAAGCUGUAUGACAAGGAGUGUAACAUCGGAAGAUCUUUUUGAUUCAGACGCGUUGUUGUGUGAACUAGGAGAUGACAAUGCUGAUCACGAUUCAAGAGGCAAGUUGAAUCUCUCUGCAUCUGCAAAGUUGAAAGAAGUGGUCGUGCAACCAACCGCUUUAGAAUCUCUUGACAAGGAGCCCAAACCUUGUACAGGGCAAACCUCCAAAACGAAUUCCACUCCCGAAAGCGAACCAGGAGACCGUUGCAACAAUCAUACUUCAAAUGAGGCCGGCACCUCAUCAUCGUCAUCAUCUAGUAGUUCUGAAGGUUCCUCUAAAGAGGAAAGGAAAAAUCGAACCAAGAAGCGCAAGAUGAUGAAGUAUCUCUGUUUCUUGGCAUUCUAAAUCCACAAGUAAGCUGUUGAUGUUGUUUUUCACGAUAUUAAACGGUAGAUGCACGGUUGGGGGGCACGAUAAGCUUUAUUAGGGUCAAGUAGUUUAAGGUUAUGGUUUGAUAAUCAUUUAUAGAGACCCUCUGUAAAAGCAGAUACUAAUGAGCUGGUUUUUAGACGGAAUGUAGGUAUAUAAGAUAAUAUUUAGAGAGUUGCAUACGACCUGAGCGUGAUUGUUCACGUGUAUGCUUAUGUGUAAAUAGGGUGUCCGUCCCUCCGAAACACAUGAAGACUGAUGGUUUAUAUUGACGGGUUCUUAUUACCGUUAUGUAAAUAAAUGAAAAUGAUGAUGUAUAUUUAUGUAUGCUACAUUAAGACUGGAGAUUUUGGAACUUUGGUAGUUCAUUA